AUGUCAAAACGAAUGAGAAAAUAUUAUGCGUUUGGAAAUUAUGUGAAAUUAAUUACUCAUGCAAUUAACUUCAUCAAGAGUUGGUUUUUACCAAUAAAACGUCAUUAUUCAAUUUUCACUUGGUAUUUUCAACAAAAUUUACUUAUAGAUACAAAUCAUCUACUUUCAACACUCGUACAUGCUACAUUUCGUUAUUAUAAGACAAUUAUAUGUCGACAAUGUCAAGCAGAAACAUUACGAAGUGACGUGUUGCUUGAUCGAGGCUUCACAAAUGAAAUGAAAUCACUGUCUAUUGAUUGUUCUUUUUGUCAGUGGAAUAGUAUCUUGAGUAAAUAUCAAGAACAUCUCGAUCAGUCUCAUUCAAAUCUCAAAUGUGAAUGUUGUGGCAAACAGUUCAAUUCUGUUAAUAAAUUUAAUGAGCAUAAAGUCAUUGAAUGCCAACAACUCAUUGUUGACUGUAUAUUAAAAGACUUUGGUUGUAAUGAACGAUUUAUUCGUGCCAAAAUACAAGAUCAUUAUUUAACUGAACAACAUCAACAGGCUGUUCUCAAAGUUGUUCGUCAAAUGUUAUCAAAACUAAACAAUAGAGGUGCAGAUAUUGAUCUUCCUCGAACAACAACAACUGCUGAUGCUUAUAAUUCUGCUACAACUCAGGUAGAAGAACUCUAUGAAAUGCUCAAUAUCUUAGUAGGGGGCAUCGAAACACUGACCAAUGAUGAACAACGUCUAACCAAUGAAGCACUUCAAAUGCAAAUGACACUUCCAACAUUGACAGAAGAAUUGUCGAAAAUGAAAUUAUCUGUUGAAGAAUCAAAUGGAUUUUUGGAAGCAGUCAAACAUAAUUACGCGAUUCUUAACCAAGACUUAUCGUCAUUGCAAGAAAAGGUCAAUGAUUUGCAAUGUGUUUCAUAUGAUGGAACAUUAGUUUGGAAGAUAACAAACUUUCGAGAGAAAAUGAUUGAUGCACAGUCUGAAAGACAAACAUCAAUUUAUUCUCCUCCAUUUUAUUCAUCUCCAAAUGGGUAUAAAAUGAGAGCACGUCUUUACUUAAAUGGUGAUGGAAAUGCUCGGCGUACACAUAUGUCACUCUUUUUUGUACUCAUGCGAGGUUUAAAUGACCCAAUUCUCAAAUUCCCGUUCAAUUAUAAGGUCACAUUUUGUUUGUACGAUCAAACUCCUCAACAACGGCAUAUCAUCGAUUCAUUUCGACCAGAUAUUAAAUCGAAUAGUUUUCAGCGACCUCGAUCGGAUAUGAAUAUAGCUAGUGGUAUACCGAAAUUUUUCCCAUUGGAAGUGAUUCAACAGGAAGGAAAUCCGUAUGUCAGAGACGACACAAUGUUUAUCAAAAUUAUGGUUGAUUUUGGAGAAACACCCAAAACAUUAUUACCCUAUGCUUUAAGUCUCAAUCCAGGUCUACCCAUGCAUAUUCAACAAGCAAUGAUCAAGCAAGAAGCUGAACGAAGAUCCCAACCACAUUCUGGCGAGCCAAUGUUAAUACCUCAGGGGUGA